CUAAGCAUAGGCAACGGACAAACAAGUAAACAGAACUAACGACAGCUGACAUUCUAAAAAUAAUAUAAGCAACUAGCGCUAGUUAAUCCAAUUAAGCGACUUAAUCAAUUAGUGCGUGAAAAACAACGGUUACAUAAAUGAAAAAAGCCUGUGAAAGUUUCCCUUUCGCUUUGUUUUUUGAUACUGUCGCAUCUAUAAAACCUGUUUUGGAUGCCCGUGAAGUCAUCUAUAGCCCACCUUGUGACGUCCAUAGACACAAGUAUUAAUCAUAGAUAAUUAGGUGACGAAAAAAUGGUUUCGACUACGGCGAUUGCGGAUCUGUGCAUUUUCCUGCUGACCUGGAACGUAGGCACGAAGUCGCCACGGGAUCAGGAACUGGGAUCCCUUUUGUCUCUCAAUGGCACCACCACAUGUCCGGAUAAUCAACUGCCCGACAUCUAUGUGAUCGGAUUUCAAGAGGUGAGCACCACGCAGGUGCUGAAGAUCUUUCAAGACGAUCCGUGGGUACUGAAGAUCGCCGGGACCCUGCAGGAUCACGAGUACGUUAAGGUGGACUCAAAGCAGCUGCAGGGCAUCCUCAUAACCAUGUUUGCCAAGCACAAACACAUUCCGCACAUGAAGAACAUCGAGUCGGAGGCAACUCGAACGGGAUUGGGGGGUCUUUGGGGAAACAAGGGGGCUGUGAGCAUCCGGCUUUCUCUCUACGGAACUGGAGUAGCCUUCGUCUGCUCCCAUCUGGCUGCCCACGAUGACAAGCUCAAAGAGCGCAUCGAGGACUAUCACCAGAUAGUUGACAACCACAAAUACAAUGCCCAAGGAUAUAGCCGUAUCUUCGAUCACGAUUUUGUCUUCUGGUUCGGUGAUCUCAACUUCCGCCUUUCUGGAGAUAUGUCCGCCUGGGAUGUGCGUACGGAUGUGGAAAACAUGCGCUAUGAUGAUCUGCUCAAACUGGACCAGUUGAACCUAUUGCGGGAAAAGGGAAGCGCCUUCAGCCUGUUGGAAGAGCAGCAGCCCAACUUUGCGCCCACCUUUAAGUUCGUUGAGGGCACAAAUGAUUACAACCUUAAGCGUCGACCGGCUUGGUGUGAUAGGAUUUUGCAUCGCGUGCAAAGCAACAUUUAUCCGGGCAUUUCUCUGAGUGCCAAGCAGCUGUCUUAUCAGUCUCACAUGGACUAUAUGCUCUCGGACCAUAGACCUGUGUCCGCCACAUUCAACUAUAAGGUCGAGGCAACCAAUCAGACAUAUACCGAUGAGGAACUUCACGAAAUGACGCACGGUGCUGCUUCAACUCCAACCGCUCCAAAAGUUAGUUUAACCUUCGCUUUUAUUGUGUUUGUAGCUGUGUCGUUUACUCAACUUUGAUUUCGCUUCCUUUGUAGUUAUUUAACGCUGAGCUAGAGCAAUGGUAGCGCCGCCAUGACGUCACUUAAUUGUAAACUUUUAAAUCUCUUAGCAUGCUUUUAGAUGAGAUCUGUGUAUAUAGAGUAAUUAAAAGACUUCCUUACAGAAGGAAACUGGCAAACGAAAAUAAUAUCAAGUACAAUGUGAUGGAAUCUCUGCUAAUCAAGCAUUCAUAUAAGCAAUUCUCAAGUGAUUCAAAUAAUGUUAUACGUAGCUUCCAAGUAUCUAAACAUGUAGUAUCAGUCAAUUAAGAUGAGAUUCAGUUAUCGUUUAAUUAUAUUAAACAAAUGUAUUUUUGUACAAAAACCUGUUGAUCGAAUAAAGAAAAAUGUUACCUCUCGAAA